GUCAGGAAGAUGUGGUAAACCUACUGUAUGUUAUUUUUUAUUCUUAUAAAGAUUCAAAGCAAAGUGGGACGUUAAUAUGUUACCUCAACUACUGAUUUAUUGCAUUUGGUCUUUUUUGGCGACUCGAUGACCCCCGAAACCCCCAUCAAUGUUUUGCGACGCUUCAUUUCUUCAUUUCUCUGUCUGAGUUCCCGACCACCACUGCGUGUACUUUGCUUGUCUUCAUUCAUCAAUCACUACAGCUAGCUAGCUAGCUACUAGUACAUCAGCACAUCAUGCCCUUUGGAACGGGCCCCAGUAAUGGUGAUCAAGCCAAAAAGGGCGGCGCCAAGGCAGCCUUGUUGGGUCAAAUCGAAGAAUUUCAAGAUGUGGAACACGGCGAUGGCACGGUCCAACAAAUGUCACUCUAUGCCGAAGCCCGUCGGAUGUUGGCCGCCGCCUACUUGAUGUUUGUGUUGCCCGAUAUGCGGACAUUGAUGCGCAAUGGCGAACAGUUACAGGGCGAUCCAGAGAUGCUGCAACGUGUCUUGGCGUGUCCUUGCACCGCAUUGGAUGUCGCCACCAUUUUCAAUGCCAACAUGACACGAAUGCAAGAACUCGUCAAGGAUGACGAACGCGCUACCAUGUACAAUCAGAGUAUGGAUUUGAAUCAUCCCGAUUUGCCAGACAUUCAAUUGUUGGUCAUGGACGAUGAAAAGGGAGAUCAAGAAUGCGUCUACUCUCUAUCAGUCAAUCAUCCCAAAAAGCUAGUGUCCGUACUCUUUCGCGGUUCUGUCACUACCAAAGAUUUCGUCCAAGAUUCCAAAGUCUUGUUGACUCAAAUCGACAAUCCCAUGGGCGUGGCACCCAAACUGUUGGGUCUACACAUGGGAUUCAAAGAGUAUCUCUACGAAGAAUUGCCCUGGCACGAAUAUCUCAUUCCGUCACUCGUCAAGGAAGGACUCUCACAAACGGCGCAUGUCGCCAAAGACGGAGUCCAAAUGGUAGGAAAAGGAGUCAAGACGGCAGGAACUACGGCCGUCGAUGUCACCAAAAAGGGUGUCACGGCCGUGGGAACCGUCGCCAUGACGGGAGUUCAUGCUCUUGCAAGCGGCGUGGGAACCGUCACGGAUAUGGUCGGAGUGACACAUCAUCAUCAACAACAGCAACAAGGCAACGAAACAAAAGCAGCAAACAAUGACAAUACACCCAAUGACAAUGACGAGGAAACAGGCAAUAAUAGACCAACGGGGACGCAACAAAAAGAAACCAUUGAAGUCGAUCUCCAGGGUUCCGUCACACACCAACAACCACGAGAACAGCCCAAUACUAGUAAUAGCACCACCACCAACAAACCUGCCCGUGGAAAGAAAUAUGAAAUCAUCAUGGAUCAGGUCAAACAGGUAUUUGCCGAUUAUCCACACUACCGAUUGUAUAUUGGAGGACAUUCACUAGGAGGAGCUCUGGCCACCAUUUUUGCCUUUGAAUGUGCUGCGACAACAUCGGGCAUUACCAAACCAGUCACCUGCAUCACAUCGGGGGCACCCAAAGUCGGCAAUCUACAGUUUCUAAAAGCAUUCGAGUCACUCGAAGAAAAGAAUUGGUUACGAUGCAUACACGUGGCCAACUAUAGGGAUAUCGUCACACAGUCACCGGCGUUGCCCAUGUGCUGUUGCUACGGCAGUCAUUUUCGACGAGCCGGAUUUCAUCUCACAUUGUCACCGCAUGCUUACAUUCUCAGUUAUCCAGCGCGAUUGGGGCUGGUGGGACGAUUCUGUUUGGAUAUUGUCAAAUGGAUCAAACACGUGUGUUACGUCCUCUUGUUUGUGCCGUUACUGUUUCUCUGUGGUUGUCAAACCAAAAAGUUUUUGAGAGAGGAACACACACAGCUCAAAUACAUGAAUCGAUUCGACAAUCAAAAAGCGGCACUCCAACACAUGACACUGGACGAACUCUACCGAGAACGAUUCGGUGCCACCGCGAAAAAGCAUCUUCGUGCGGGAGUCGUCAAAACGACCAAGGAAGAUCAAGGUACCACGGCAGCAAUGGAAGUGGGGAAUCUGUAGCUACCUCCGUACCGGUAGCGAUCGAGGCAACAGCCACAAUGUCAUGGUCUUGAUUUGAAUUGUGACUUGUCGGAAUGAUUCGAUUUGAUUCGAGUGUAACAAUAACAUGUUGUUUGGACAUUCACUAGCUAGCCAGCGCAUGCAUGCGUGAGUGAGUGAU